CGCGCAUAUACGAGCCUCAUCCAAAACCUCCCGCCAAGAAACUACAUAUCUCCAAUAGUGGAUGUUGAAAGAAGACAGAACCCCAAAAUUAAUCUCGGUAGCCCAGUAAAUCACCAUUCGAGAACCACGAUGGAGGCAGCCCAGCACUUCAUCAAGGCAGAGAAGCUGACCGACGCCAAAAUCGCCGGCGAAGGUCUCGAAUGCCUUGUUUACAAAGCAACAUCGCCAGUAUAUGGCCCAAUCGUUCUCAGAGUACCCAGAGUCAAGGUCUACCAGAACGCCAAUGACCCCAACACCAACGCAAGUGAUCUCAUCCAGCAAGAGAUGAAGAUCUACAAGCUUCUGGAAAACGCAUCCGUGCCUGUUCCAAAAGCAUACAAAUACCUUGAAGAAGAUGGCUAUCCAGCGAUGUUGUGCGAGUACGUAGAGGACGAUGGAACAGAGAUCACAUUCGAGGAGAUGGGACGUGUAGCGGCCAUGAUACACUCGACGCCCCUAUCUAGCCCAGCAAUGGAGACAGUUGCGUCAGAAACAGAAAAUGUGUUCUCGACAAUUGAGCAAAGACUCAAACGACGCGUCUCAGUGCUGUCACAAACAGUCCCCGAGGUUUCCAGCUGGAUAACGAACUGGGACCUUAUUCACAAUAUCCUCGAAGGUCUCAAGCGCUACCCUUCAAGUCUACUACACAUGGACUUUCGCGACGUCAAUCUUCGUCACAAUAAUGGACGAAUAAGCGCCGUGAUCGAUUGGACCAAUGCUCUGAUCGGCCCAGCAGCCAUCGACAUCUUUCGCACGCUCGAGUUCAGCCAACUCGACGAGAGCUUCGUCAAAGGUUACACUAGCGUCACUACCUGGCCUGAUGUUACAGCCCAGGAAGAUUGUUUGCUAAGACUUGAUGCUGCGCUUGUGCUGGCGCUGGUGUUCACCUCGGAAGCGCCUGAUGCUGAGAGAGCUGAAGUUGCAGUCGCAAGGGUGAGGGAACUCUCAAAGAGCCUCGUGGAAGCUUCGUCGCACGAAUAAGAGAAAGUUUUGCUGAAUGGCAUGAGGUUAGGCAUUCAUAAGGCUGAACUAAUGAGCUUUCAACGAGUUAAUGGUUGGGCUGGCGUGGUGGGAUGGACUGGCUGCAUAAGGUAAAAAGGCGUUACUCAACUUACGCGAGCAAUUGAACUACUUUGUUACUACGUUCUGGUC